AUGUCCGCGCUCCCGAUCCGUGUCAUGAGGGAGGGCGCCGAUUCAACGCCCGUGUCGUUCUGUGGACGCGGAGCUGCGUUGCUUUUCACGAUAAACGAGUCGCGCUGCAGCAGCACCCUUGGUCUCAUUGCACCAGCGGGACACUUCACAGAAUAUUCUAGAAUCCAUUGGUGUGCCGCCGUCCCGUGGCCCCCGUGUGCGUGCGCAGGCAAGUGGAUGUACGAGGUGCUGCUCUCCUCCAAAGGGCUCAUGCAGAUCGGCUGGUGCACCCUCGACUGCCGCUUCAACCAGGAGGAGGGCGUGGGCGACACCCCCAACUCGUACGCUUACGACGGCAACCGCGUGCGCAAGUGGAACGUCACCACCACCAACUACGGCAAGCCGUGGGCGGCGGGCGACGUGGUCACGUGCCUCAUCGACCUGGACGACGCCUCCAUCUCCUUCUGCCUCAAUGGGCUGUCCAUGGGCGUCGCGUUCCCCGAUGUGCGGCUGGGCCCGGGCUGUGCCUACUUCCCCGCCAUCAGCCUCUCCUUCCGCGAGAACGUCUCCUUCAACUUCGGCAGCCGCCCGCUGAGGUACCCCGUGGAGGGUUACCGGCCCCUGCAGGACCCCCCGACCAUCGACCUCAUGCAGGCGCAGAAGCUCAUGGGAUACUUCCAGGUCGCCAUGGAGACGUGGAUCGACCCCAGGGACGGGAGGGUGGUGUCGCGCGAGGACUCGCGGAGUCUGUCGCGAGGGGACGCCGCCACCACCUUCCUCCUCGCCGCCGUGCACGUCUUCCACAAGCUCGCACCGCUGCUGGCCAAGGCCUACGUGGUGGACGAGGUGCUCCUCAAGUUCCUGCUCAGCCUGCAGACGCGGGCCUCGGGCUCCGUCGCCACGGAGACGCCGGCCAUCUUGCACACGCUGGACCUGCUGUGGGCCCUGCUGGAGGAGUUUGAGGUGCACAGCUGCCUGAAACAGCUGAUGAUGACGCUGCUGCGAGCCUUCCGCUUCUCCCCCGUGACGCCCGACAUGACGCCCCAGAUCCAGCACCUGCGCCUCGUCCUCGCCAUCCUCAAGCACGAGAAGUCACGGAAGUUCCUCCUCGGCAACGUCCUGUUCGACGUGAUGCGCUUCGUGGUGUUCUGCAACGUGAAGACGCCGCUGCGCGUGGAGGAGGCCGGACUCGACGAGACCAUCCCCGUCACCUGGUGGCCCACGCAACUCCAGCAGCAGCAGCAGCAGCAGGGCAGCAGGGAGGAGGCGGAGGAGAGCGCCGAGGAGCGGCACAAGCGGCGAUCGUACGAGCGCGGCUGCCAGCGCCUCAAGAAGAGAAUAGAAGUGGUCGAGGACCUGCAGGUGGCCAUCCUCAAGCUGCUGCUCAACAACAAAGACAAGAACUCGCAGGGGGAAGCCUCGCGCUACAUCUUCCUGUCCAAGUUGAGGAAGUUCCUGCAGGAGAACGCCUCCAACAGGAACCCCACCAUGCUGUGCCCCCCCGAGUACAUGCUGUGCUUCAUGCACCGGCUCAUCACCGCGCUGCGGAGCUGCUGGGACGGGCACCGGCAGCGCAGCGCCCAUGCGCAGCCCAGCGAGGAAGCGUACGUGCCCCCGCAGCUCUUCUACAACGGCAAGGUGGACUACUUCGACCUGCAGCGGCUCGGCGGCCUCAUCACCCACCUCAAGAAGACGCUCAAAGACGACCUGGCGGCGGUCGGCGUGACGGUGGAGGCCGCCGAGCUGAGCCCCGUCUCCAUGGACGACCUGGACGACGUGGAGGAGGCCGGCCUCGGCCUGCCGGUAACGAGGCGCGCGGGCGGCAUCGGCGACAUCGGCGCCAACGGCGCAGCGGCGCAGGCCGCGCGCCUCGGCAUGUCGAUGUUCCGCGGAGGGCUGCUGCCGAACCCCAUCGGCGGGGCGGCCGCCCCUAUUCUGAGCGCGGCCUCGGCGGCCCUGGCGGCUAGGCGAGCCCCGGGCUUCGCGAGGCCCCGCCAGGCCACGACGGAGAUGGAGCAGCGCACGGAGGAGGAGGUCGAGACGGGCGUUCUGCACGGACGCCCGAUCACGGAGGCCGAGGACCCGCCCGGCGACCACUCGCUCAUCGAGAUCCUCGACGGCAUCGUGAUGAUGUACAGCAUGAGCGUGCACCAGCAGCUGGGCAAGAUGGUGGGCGUGUCGGACGACGUGCGGGAGUUUGCCGUGGCGCUGAGGGAGACGGAGGAGAAGAUCGCGCGGUGCCCACCGCAGCGGCGCGACGUGCUGGAGGAGCUCCAGCGCAGCCGGGACGUCUUCCUGGACAAGCUGAACCAGCUGAGCCGGCGCCUGGCGUGGAUCAACACGACCAUCUACUCGCAGGAGCGACUGCGUGACGUGUACUGGCUGCUGCGCGUCUGUCUGCGCACGGUGGAGCGUGCCGACCUCACGGGCCCGCUGCUUGGCUUCCUGCCCGAGUUCUACGUGAGCGCCGCCAUGGGCUGUUACAGCGCCAUCAAGAACUACUUCAGCCCCGUCAGCUGCCCCGACGAGCUGCCUGGGUACCAGCAGACCCUCACCCAGCUCGCCACCAUCCUCACCAAGCACUUUGUGGACUCCAGGAUCAUCGGCACCGACAUCAAGGACUCGCUGAUGCAGGCACUCGCCAGCUUCGUCUGCUACCCCGACUCGCUGAAGGCCGUGGAGCGAACCCCCGCCGACAUACGCGUGUCCAUGAUGCGCAGCCUCCUGGCGCCAUACGAGCAGCGGCCUUGGGCUCAGACCAACUGGAUCCUCGUCCGGCUGUGGAAGGGCUGUGGGUUUGGGUACCGCUACACGCGGCUGCCUCACCUGCUGCGCAUCAAACCUGAGGACCUCAACAACCCCACGCUGCAGAAGCCGUGCCCGUCGCGCGCCCUGCAGGCCCACGCGGCGACGCUGCUCAGGGAGGAGGCGGCGCUGGCGGCCGGCUUCAUCAACAGCGUCCUCAACCAGCUCAACUGGGCCUUCUCAGAGUUCAUCGGCAUGAUUCAGGAGAUCCAGCAGACAGCGGAGCGUCCGGAGCGCAACUACAUCGACAGCCGGCAGCUGAAGGUGUGUGCGACGUGCUUCGACCUGUCCGUGUCGCUGCUGCGCGUGCUCGAGAUGGCCACGAGCCUGGCACCAGAGGCCUUCACCGACUUCAGCCGGCCCUCGGCCGAGCUGCUGCUCACACGGCUGGCGCAGCUCAUCAACCAGGUGCUGAAUCGCGUGACGUCCGAGAGGAAUCUGUUCGACCGAGUCGUCAACCUCCGUCUGCCAGGGCUGGACACGGUGGAUCACUACCCCAUCCUCGUGUCCCUCACCGGCAUCCUCGUGCAGCUCCUGGUGGAUGGAACCACCCAGAGUGCGGAGAGGGCGUCGCGCGCUCUGCUGGCCGACCCCUGCUUCCAGCUGCGCUGCGUCCAGUACCUGCUGGGGGAGACGACGCACGAGCCGGAGCGCCCACGGGGGGCAGCCACGCCCGACAAGCGCUUCUCCCUGCGCAGCUACGUGGACUUCGUUAGCGCCGAGGAGGUGGAGAAGGUGACGAAGAUGAUCGCUCGGCUCAGCGACGAGACCAAGCAAGCUGCCGCCGCUGCCAUGCCCACGGACGAGGAGGACCUGUGCCCCAUCUGCUACGCCCACCCCAUCUCCGCCCUCUUCCAGCCGUGCACCCACAAGUCCUGCAUGGCGUGCAUCCGCCAGCACCUGAUGAACAACAAGGAGUGCUUCUUCUGCAAGGCGCCCGUCACCGCCGUGGAGGCCUACACCAAGACCCCCCCCGCCUCCACGCCCACCGGCCCCUAGCUGCUCGCUCACCACGCUCGCUCACCACGCUCGCUCACCACGCUCGCUCACCACGCUCGCUCACCACGCUCGCCAUGUUCACUCUCGCUCACCACGCUCGCCACAUUCACCUCUGGCAAGCCCACACUCGCCACACUCGCCUGCUCACCCACGCUCACCGAGUGCAGCGCUCACCACAAUCACCCGUCACACUCGCUGCCGCCAACUGCAAUGCUCACCACGCGCAUAUCCGCCCACCCUCGCUCACCCUCGUUCACUCAUAGCCUCUCUCACACACACACGCACCUUGACACACGCACCUUGACACACGCACACACAUGUUUGCCGUGUAAGCGAUUCGUCGAGUAGCGCUAACUGUGAAACUCGCGAUACAUAACUCGCUUCGCUUCACGCGUGCCAACAAUCUCAUGCAUUCAUACAAACCCCGCGCAGGCGUUCCGCAGACAGGCGAGUGGGACACACCAAUGGGAACGCCCGAGACAAGCGGCACAAACACACAAUCGUGUUUGCUUCAAUCAAAUCCUUGACAGCUCCUCCAACCGGCAACGUGCGUGUGUACGUCACGUGCCUCUACCAUAUCUACUUGUACAGGGCCUACCAGGAGCAUUUAACCCCCCCCCCCCCCGAGCCGCGCUCACAAGAGGGAUCGACACGACGGGGCCGGCGUUGUCGUCGCUGGCGAGUAUAGGAAGAGGGGGGGGGGCAGCACCCACGUGGCAUUGGUCCUGGGCCCCCCGGGCUCACGCACCACGGGGGGCCCGGGGUGGGGGGACGGCUCUUGGGGAGCGCCACUGCCGGAGAGAUGGGGGGCGCCGCUCCGACGAGAGCUCCCUCAGGCACGCGAAGCGACUGCGGGGGGGGGGGGGGGGGGGGGGCUGUAGUCCCUUGUCACGUGGGAGGGGGGGGCAGGUCCGUUACCCGGAACGUCCGUUCUUUUUAAAACGUCGCCCGUGUAAUCGCGCGCGGCGGUGCCUUUGCGAUCGAGUGAAUCGGCUUUUAAGAUAAUAAUAAUAACGACGAUGAUGACGACGAUAACCGCAUGCAGGUGAAGCGCGGCACGACUAUAACCACCGCGUGCACCCCCCCUCCCCCCCCCUCGUGCCGCACCAGCGGCCUCGUGGGCGGCUCUCGACAAUAAACAGCGACGGUCCCGCUGCUGCCGCCGCCGCCGCCGCUGGUGGUGGUGGUGGUGGUUUUA